AUGAUCUUCUUACCAGGUUUAUUUUCAAUUUAUUCUAUUCGCGAGACGGCAUGUAGUUGUGCCUAACAUCUACAUUAACCCUCCUUUCCCCCCGCUUCCUAUCUAACCCGAGAAUUGUUCUAGACGGCGGGCGACGUCAGAGAUCCGGUUCAGAGGGACGAUUCGACAAUCUGCCGCCCUCGACGUUCUAUUUGACACCGGACAGUAUCCGCGUGUCACCCAGACAAUCGUUGUCUGUGGUCAUUCCGACGCAUGCUCCAGGGUAAGCACUUCUCGGGAAUCUUUGGGUACUUCUGAUAGACUGCAGCUUUCUAUCGGUACACUGAAUUAGAAGCCUCUAUUUUCGAAAUUUUAAAACGUUGACUCAUAUUUGAAAACAGACGAAGCGGCCAGAGUAGAAAAACAAAUUUCGGCGCUGCUAUAGCCUAUUCAAAUUGACACUGUUUUUCUCAAACUCUUCAAACAUCACCGAUCGAUUUGCAGACACACUCCAACGUCGCCACGUGGCCGAUCCCGUUCCCCGGCCGCCUCGUCCACUUCCGCCUUCUCCACGAUUGCCUCGAUCGCCGCCACCUCGAUGGCUUCAGCCGCCCCCUCUGCCUUUGUCUCCUCCUCCACCGCCUAUCACCCGCAGCACUACCAUCAGACGGUUCGCGGACACGUCCUAGGACACCGUCCGAUGCCCCUCAUCACCAGCGGAUCCGCCACACUUCCCAACCACGUGUCGCCACGUGGAUUGCCACCCAAAGCCCGCCCGUCUAUUCUGCCAGGCGGAAAUGGUGGCGGCGGAGGUGGCAGCGCCAGAAUGGGCACUAUCAAAGAAGGUGCGGUUGAAAACAAAUUAUUGCAUAAUUUCAAACGAUUACUUUUUCAGCCACAUUCUUGACGUCGGAGCAAGUGUCCCGAGUUUAA